AUGGUGGAAAGUAUUGGGUAUUCACAGACCACAUCAGGUGCCCGGAAGCAGCAGAUUAACAUGAUGCUGCGUGACGGGGGUGAGAAUACUAUCAAUUGCACGCUUUGGGAAUCCUAUGUUGAACAAUUCAUGAAGUUCAAGCAGGAGCGCGGAGAUGAUUCUGGUCCUAUUUUUGUCAUGAUCCAAUAUGCGAAAGUCAAGGAACAGGGUAAGUUUCCACUGUCCGUGACAAACACGUUUAAUGUUACCGUCCUUGGUCUGAAUACUGAUUUGCUGCCGAUGAAAGAGUUUAUAGAAAGUUUUCCGAAGGAUUCCAUGAUUACGUUGUCUGGCCAGGAGGGUUCCAAUUCACAGCUUUCAGCACAGAACUCUGAAAAUCAACAGAUGACUCCUGUACAGAAAUUGCUUUCAAAGGCUGUUGUAAUGCCUAUUGGGGAUAUUAUAAAACUUAGAACUAUUACAUUUUGUGCGACUGUUGGAGAAACUAAAAUGCUGGUUGCCUCUCCGUAUGGCUGGUAUUAUCGUGGUUGUCAUGCUUGCUCAUGUAUUGCGCGUGGUGAUAGAGCUCCGUUUGAGUGUGAGGCUGGACAUUUCACUGAGGCAGAGAUUUUUAGGUAUAAAAUUGAGAUUGAGGUUACUCAUGCCGGGAAUAGCUGUAACUUUCUAUUUUGGGACCGAGAGUGUGAGUUACUUUUGGGAUUGUCUGCUUCUCAGCUGCGUCAUACAAUGAUUAAGGCUGGCAUUCAUGAUCCCUUGGAAUUCCCACUGGCAUUGGAUCAGAUGUUGGACUUUUGA